GUUCAUCUCCAGGCCACAAAAACUAAACAUCCAUUGUUUCUCUAUUUUAGUUCUUCUUCUUCUUGUUGUUCUUACAUUCAUCAUGAGGAGUUCAAAGAUCUGGUUAUGGCAGCAAUGUUCAAAGCAAAUCAGAGAGCAGAGGGCAAGACUUUAUAUCAUCUGGAGAUGUGCUGUGAUGCUUCUAUGCUGGCAUGAUUAACUACUCAUCCAAAGCAAAAGGUAGAGAUUUAAGAGAAGGCAAAUUGUCUCCAAGGACUCCACACUCUCUUACGCUAACUAUAAUAUACAGAGUUGAAGAAGCAUAGAAUGUGUUCGAGUUGUAGACGAGAACAAGUGACACUAUGUACAGUUGAGGAUCGAAUUGUGUCAACUAGGAUUGCAGAGAAAUGUUCUUUUAUUUCACUGUGUGAAAUACUAUGUUCUAUACUCCUUCCAUAGAAACAUAGAUCAAUUAUGCUGUGAAUCCUUCUGUUCUAUCCUACCCAUUCUUGUGGGGAUCCAUAACAACAAACAAGAGUUCAUUAUAAUCACGAUUUGGCCACUAAAAGGGUGGUUGUAUUGAUGUUCUUUUACUUAAUCAUGGGAUCCCCAUAUAACCUAAUUCAAUCAUAGAUCGUCACAUCGAGGAGUUUGCGAGCCAA